CUCCGGGGCGGGGCCCCCCGCUGCGCGGAAGGGGCCGGCCGGGCCGGGCAGCAGAGCGCGCCCCGCGGCGGGAGCGGCGGUGCCGGCAUGGGACGGGGCGCUGCCUUGGCGGGGACCUUCCUUAACAAUGUGAGAAGUGGAUCACACAAGCACACUGUGGAUUUCUUGUCUGUACAUACCACUUGAUUGUCUGUCUUCUUCUCAUCAACCCUUAAGAGAGAGAAAGAUCAAACAAAAAUUGUUGUCUCGUUGGCUCUGUCCCAGAGCCACCUGAAUUUUAUGAGUCCUCUUGGAGAAACUACCUGGACUGUUAGAAAUGAAGCAGCUCAGGCUGCAUCUCUGAUCAGCAGAACUCUCUGUGUGGAGUACAGAAAUCAAGUUGUCUUAAAUCAAACCAUAUUCAAGUUGCACUGAUUGUUGUAACUCUACUGCUGAUACCACUCCAGGCUUCGCUAAGACUUUCCAAGACAGUAGUUUCUCAUGUAACUUGAAUGUUUUCAACUGGUGUUUGAAUAUUUCUAUUCAAUCUGUUGUGGCUGUGCAGAGUCAAAGGGGUUUACUUUUUCCUGCUAAAUUAAUGGUGAAUUUUGAAGCCUCACUUCCAAGUAGGAUCCGUGCUAUGGCAGCAACCUACAGGCUUAUGGUCACAACUGUGAACUGCUACAGCAGCGUGGUGAUAGAACAGCACUUUCAGCACACAGUGCAUUACUGCACAGGGUCUUGCCAAGUGUUUAAGCAAGGGGUUGCAUGUAUAGUUGCCCACCACAGCGUGUGUGCAGAACUCAGUGUCCAAGAUGCCAACCUAGACAACAAAAUUCCAGUUUCUGAAAAUGGGCUUGCAUUGCCUGGAAACGAGGACUAUCAGCAAAUACUCCUAAAUAAUCCAAGAAUCAAAAAGGGCUCUUCAGUGCAAGCUUCCAGCAGUUUAAAAGACAUUACUGGUGAGGCAAUAAAUCUUGCCAGUGGUAAAAUAAAGGAAUUCUCAUUUGAGAAGCUCAAAAACUCUUCCAAUCAUGUGGCCUACAGAAAGGGGAGGAAGGUUCGAUCAGAAUCAUUCAGCAGACGAUCAUUCGAUUUUGACAUGAUUUAUGGGCACUUCAGCAAUGAUGAGAACUCUCCUCCGUGUGGCUUUUCACAGAGUCCCUCACCUGUGGAGAAAUGGCAGGAGAGCAAUGAUGCUCCAGAAGUCGGUAUGAAUCCCAUGGUUCCCUUCUCACCUCAUUCCUUCUCUGAAGAAAACUUCAUCACCCAAAUUCUGGAGAAGCACAAGCUGGAUGGUUCUUCUGGUGGAGAUAUUAAAGUGUGCUUAGACAUCUUGCUCAAGUGCUCAGAGGAUCUCAAAAAGUGCACUGACAUAAUAAAGCACUGCAUCAAAAAGAAAUCAGCAGGCAGUGUUAGUGGAGGGAAUAGCAGCGAUCCUCUGGCUAGUUCAGAGAUGAUAUACGUGAAUCUGAUGAGGAGAUUUUCUUCAUAUCUGAAGAAGCUGCCCUUUGAGUUCAAGCCACCUGGGCACAAGGAGGCAGGUGAUCUUGGAGAAUUAGUGAACUGUUUUCAUGGCUUGCAGCAAACUCCCUUUUCCCCAAUAUUUGGAGAUGAGCAGCCACCAAGGUAUGAAGAUAUUGUUCAGCUUCCAUCCUCAAAUGCAGCUCCUGUCAGACAACCAGGUGAUCAGUGUGAGGUGACAAGCACCUCUCAGUCCAUCCAAACAAGCACUGUGAGCUUUACCUCAAACUCCAUUUGCAGCGUCUCACAGGAGAAUGGUGUGAGAGCUGUGAAAGAUGCUUGUGUUCUACCUCAGUUACCAGCCACAAGCCCUUCAGACUGCACAUCUUCCACUGAGGUUCUCUAUAUUGAGGAAGAGUCAGAUGGGGAAAGAGUGUUAGAGAAAACAAAGAAGGCAAAGGAGAAAGGGGACUGGGAGAGUUUAAAGCAGAGCUACCAGCUCUCUGGUUCUUCAGAUGUGGCUGCUGAUGUUAAAGCAGAACCUACCAGAGUAGGAGGUGAAAUUUCCCACGCUUCUGAGAAAAGCGAUCUCUUAAAACCUGUUUCAGACUCUGUAUUGCGUGGUUCUCAAGCUGGUGUCUCCAAAGGAGAACAGACGUGCAGGAUAGACAAGGAUGAGAUAGAUAAACUGCUGCUGGAUUUGGAGCACUUCUCACAGAAAAUGGAGAGUACUUUUAGGGAGCCCCCUCCAAAGGAGAGCGAACCUGCCCGUUUGCAGGUGUUUGGCUGGCAGGGUAGGCCGGUACUACCCGCGGCUCUGGAACCCAAAAGUAAACCCGCUGACCCCACUUCCCCUUUGUCAAAAAUCAUGGAAACCAAUGGUCAUAAAAUGGAAGAAGAUGACAGAGCCCUUUUACUGCGGAUCUUGGAAAGCAUCGAGGACUUUGCCCAGGAACUGGUGGAAUUCCAGACAGGCAAGGGAAGCUUGUCCAAGGAGAAAGAAGUGAUGCAAAUUCUUCAGGAAACAUUAUCAACUCCUUCACAGUCCCUCCUCGCAGGGCAAAAAAGCAAUGCUGGGGCUGCCUCCAGAGACUCUGUUCCAGCUCUGAUUCAGCAAGCACCAGAAGUAAUUAAGGUUCAAAGUAAGCAAGAGAAGAAACCUGGAACGUCAUCCCCGGUCCCUUUGAACUCAGUGGUUAGCCCUUGUGCUCUGCCUGUGAAUAAAGCCACCAGCAGUACCCCUUUGUCCGUAAACAUUCCACGUUUCUACUUCCCCAAAGGACUUCCGAAUGUCUGCACUAAUCAUGAAGAGAUCAUUGCCAGGAUUGAAGAAGCCUUCGCAGAGUUUGAAGAUGAGAAAGCCAACAUCUGUGAAAUGGGAAAAAUUGCAAAGAUAUGUGGCUGCCCACUCUACUGGAAAGCACCUAUGUUCAGUGCAUCAGGAGGACAAAGGACGGGAUGUGUAUCUGUGCACUCAUUUGUGUCUUUGUGGAGAAAGAUCUUGCAUAACUGCCAUGAUGACGCAUCCAGAUUUGCUUACCUUGUUGCAAAGCCGAACUGUGCUUACCUUGAGCAGGAGGACUUCAUCCCGCUGCUUCAGGAUGUGGUAGAAACACACCCUGGUCUGACGUUCCUGAAGGAUGCUCCAGAAUUCCAUUCCCGGUAUAUUACAACGGUUAUUCAAAGAAUAUUCUACACAGUCAAUCGAUCCUGGUCUGGGAAGAUCACCCUAACAGAGCUGAGGAAAAGCAACUUCUUGCAAACUCUUGCUCUCUUGGAAGAAGAGGAUGACAUAAAUCAAAUCACAGAUUAUUUCUCCUACGAGCACUUCUAUGUUAUAUACUGUAAAUUCUGGGAGCUGGACACUGAUCAUGACCUUUAUAUCAGCCAGAAGGAUCUGGCUAGAUACAGUGAUCAAGCUCUGUCAAGCAGGAUUAUUGAGCGAAUAUUCAGCGGUGCUGUGGUGAGAGGAAACGAAGUUCAUAAGGAAGGCCGCAUGAGUUAUGCUGAUUUUGUGUGGCUGCUGAUUUCAGAGGAAGACAAAAGAAAUGCUACAAGCAUUGAGUACUGGUUUCGGUGCAUGGACCUGGAUGGGGAUGGGGUGCUCUCCAUGUAUGAACUGGAAUACUUCUAUGAGGAGCAGUGUGAACGGAUGGAAGUGAUGGGCAUAGAACCACUGCCAUUUCAGGAUUUGCUGUGUCAGAUGCUUGAUCUCGUUAAGCCAGAGAGAGAAGGACGAGUAACCCUGCGAGACUUGAAGAGAUGCAGAAUGGCUCAUGUGUUCUACAACACGUUCUUCAAUUUAGAGAAAUACCUGGACAAUGAACAGAGAGAUCCCUUUGCAGUGCAAAAGGAUUUCGAAAAUGAUGGUCCUGAGCCUUCAGACUGGGACAGGUACGCUGCUGAGGAGUACGAGAUUCUUGUGGCUGAGGAGUCUGGGAACGAACAGCUCCAAGAAGGGAGCCUUUGAAGUGUCACGCCUGCCUCCUGCUGCCCAGGUGGGACAAACUGCUGCCUUGCUGAGGUUAGUAACUCUCUCAUCAAGAUCAAAAUCUGAAAGGGAGGAAGUUAUCAGAUACACUGGGCUUGAAGAACUGUUCCCUUUCCCAUGAGCAAUGUUGCUAUUUUAUCUAGAUGCAUACACACAGCCCAGGACCCUGGAUUUUUUCAUGUAUUUGGGGAACUUCUGGAUGCCCAGAUUCUUAGCAAAGGCACUUUGAGGUAAUUUCCAUUCUGCAGUGACAGAAUUAAGGAGGCGGCGCUCUGACCAAGGCAGGAUAAGCCCCUUUAAAUGCAGCGAGCACACAGAGCAGCUCUGUUCAACACCAGGAUGCCUGAGUUACAUCUCUGUCACCACUGUAACCCUGAAAGGGGAAGCUCUGCUUGGAAUAAUUCCACAAAGAUCCACAUUCAGAAAAAGUAAAUGAUUUCAAAAGCGAACAUAGGAUGGAAAACACACAACGGCAAAUUGUAACCAGCUCUUUCUACUUCUUUCACCCAAAAGACCCAAGGCAAAGCAUUUCACCUCUUCUCUUCAUUGUCUUGGCCUAAAGUGGCCUUUUUGAUACAGUUUUAAAUCUCUCCACAACGAAGAUUGCCCAAAGGAACAAGAAGAACCUGACCUAUGGAUGGGAAAAAAAAAAAAGCAAAAAAGAGGAGGAUCCUGAGCCUGGUAAAAUCACCUGUUACGUUUUCAAGCUUUGGCUUCAGUAAUGUGAGGCAGACAUUCACGGCUGUUCUUAUGAGCACUUUCACUCCCAAACCCAAGGAUUCCUUGCUCAACAAACAGGUUCUCUGUUGCUCUGAGUGAUUCCAUUUGUCCCUUCCAGCAGAGCAACACAAUGACACUAGUCUAUGGAAUAAAAAAAGAACAAAAGGCAGCUUAGGGCAAACGUUUUGCCUCCUGUACGAGAACAAGCUACAGAAACUGUAUGUAGUCAUGGGUAGUACUUGCUUUCUGGAACAGAAAUUCGCUUUGUCUUACUAAUCCAUGUGCAGGCAAUCAUAAUUCAGCUGUCACAGAUUAAUUAGUGAAUGAGGUGUUUCUUCUCUGCCCCAUUUGUGACUCAGCCCUGCCAUAACUUCUGCUGGUAAAUUUGGAAACUCUUGUCAUGUUGGUGGAGUUUCUGGGCUGGUUACAACAUCAGAAGACCAGGAUGUUUGGGACUGCAGACACAGCGCCUGCUCCCCUGCAGCACACACCAGGUUCAGAGGCUGGGAAGCUUCUGAAAUGAAGCCAACGAGCCCAGGAAUUACUGCAGCUGCCAGCUUUAGGUGUUGCAUACCUUUAAAGAUCUUACUUUUUUGUUGCAAGUCUGUAAUGAGCUGGAUUGCUUUUCCUAAUGAAGAGUCAGAAAAGUGACUGAAAUUCAGUUUUGUGUGAUAAAAGAAUAUGUGUGUGUUUGUUCCCUCCAGUCUGCUUUUGUUUAGCAAAACCAAGUCCUGUGUCCUUAGAAAAAAGCCUUAUUUUCAUAUUCACGAGUAUUCUCUCUCUAAGACAGGAGCUGUGGUUCAAUACAGCCACACGUAACUCCUGCUGGAAUGGUACCGGCCUCACUGUGUCCUUUUGCUCUGCAAUCUCAGUAAUUCCUCCGCCACGUUUUUCACCAGCAAACAGCGCCCAGGCGCUGGCACAGCUCCCCUCUGCCGGCCUGCCACCACGCGGCAGUGCUGCAAUAAGACACGGACGGCAAAAAAAGAGACGGCAGUCCCAGGUUUACAGGAAACAUUGCAGAAAACCUUCCUGCUUUCGUGAACUAAGGAUUAAAGGAGGUUGGUUUCAGAGUCUCUAAACAAGGUUCUGUGCUCAGCUUCUGAAAUAAAACGUGCCUGAAAGAGCAGGAAGUAAAAUGAGCGUAAUUCUGGAGUGCGGCACUAACACUGCGGCUGCCCAACUCUACACAACCAGAAAUGAAGCUCAGUGAGGAGCGUGUUACUGUGAGAAAAGCAUCUCAGCACUGCUUGGCCUGUCCAUCUUCCCUCUGUAUCACCAGGUGAUGGUUCUAGAAACCAAGUAUUUAUAUAAUAAAGGUUCUUAUACUUUGUACGAGUAGUUCGGGAAGCGUUUUGUGCUGGUAUGGUUUUACCUUUGUAUUUCUACUUUGUAAUUUCUUCUUUUUUUUUUUGGUCAAAUAAAGGAUUUUUGAAAUGAAGAAGUAAAGCCUGUCUCGCAGUGGUGGCACAGGCUGUUACUGUGCACUUCAGCUCCAGGUGCUGUCCCAGAUCUGUCGGCCUUGUUGCUGCUGAGCUCUCUCCAUGCAGGUACCUGCCAGCAGCCAGGAGGUGCAGCUCUGCUAAGCACACCCAGGAGAUGCAGCAGUCCCAGCACUCACCUUCCUCAGCUCUUCCUCCUUGUUUGGAGCGCUUCCCCUGUACCGACUUGCCAAAUUCCUGUGUCCCUCAUUUUAAUCUUAGAACAGAAUUCUGGAUCCUCUGCAAGUGGCACGGAGGGGAGAAAGGAAAAUAUUCUGCUGUCAUCACAUGUAAAUGCUGAAGUAAAACUGCUGUGUUAUCUUCUUUCUUCACUUGUAAGAUGGAAGUGUCAUCCUGGCCCCACACACCUGAGCUGAUUCUGAUGUAUGCAGAGCUGCUCUUUUUUGUUGUUUCACUGCUCAGGAAGGCAUUGCUGGCAAUCCAACCUUUUAAUUCUAAUUUGUAUAAGGAUUUAAUACAUACAAAUAUCUGGGGCUUGUGCUCCCAUACAGUAACGAGAUGCUUUUAUUCUAGAUCACACCAGCAUUCCUUUGCAAGGUUUGUGUGCCACGUCUGUGUGAUCCUUUUCUUUAAGCCCACCGGUCUCACCAAGCAGCACAAGCCCCUGCUGUGCUGGCAGGACCUGCUCUGAAAGCAGGGCUGGCAGGUUUUAUUGCAGACAGCUGCUGUGUCGCAACUCUACAGGCUUCCUUCUGACUAUGCAAUAUUGGGCUGGUUCUGGGGGGCAGCUGGCAGCCUUGUUUCAUCUGUCUGAGAACUCCACGGUGACACAAACUGAAGCAGCUGCAGAAGAUGCUGCCUGCCUCCAGUUUGUGGUAAUGAAACCACACUCAAAUGCACGUAUGGAACAUCCACAGGGAGUAACAGAAGCAGAAGAGCAUGUUGCAGCAGCACUGGUCACAGGCACUUUACAUGGGGGUUAGAAAUGCCAGAGAGAAGAACAGAACAUCACCUGCACAGACUGCGAGAGCAGCACAAACCAAGUGCUCACUUCCAGUUUUGCUUCCCUGCCCCCCCCCCCCCUCCAGCGUUUGAUCCAACCACUGACACACGUAAGAUGCAGUAGGAGCAUUUCCCCUUUAAAUUAAAUGUUUUCUCUUUCUCGAGGAAGCACCUUCCAUACGUUCAGGCUGAGAUGGCUGUAAUCUAACCACUAGACUGUUUUUGUACUGGCGCGCAUCAGAACACAAUCCAAAGUCCCUCCAGCAGAAGAAGCUGUUCUUCCCAUCUCUGUAGCUGUUUUCAGGCAGGGUGACCACCAUAGCACAACGUGUGCUAAAACUCCGCUUUUUUCUUCCUGAUCCAGCUCUGCAGGUGGCAGAAUUUUAUUAAAGUUUGAAGUUUCACUUUCCCGAGGUGGAUGGGGAAGGAAGCUCAAGUGUCACACACUUCCUAAAUGAAAUCCCCGAGCGGGCUCCUCUGUGCCAGCACAAAGAGCUGCUGCACAGCACUGCAGGAGGGAGGCCAGGCUGACAGCACACAGGGAAGUCCUGCCAUCCCAACCCAGCCAACCCAGGCUGGGCUACAGCUGAAAUCAUCACUGCAAGGGCUGUCUGCCGUUGAUCCUGCAGUGCUUCUCCACCGAUGGCCAACAGGAAGCAAGCCCUUACUUUGGGUCAUGUUGGUCUGAGUUUUCACUUAACUCCUUCAACUACAAGCACCACUGGAAGCUCCCACACCAGAACGCUGCUGACAUCCCUUCUACAAUGGAAACUAAUGCUUUUCAAACUGGAACCACUGCGAGUAUCACCAGGAACACUACGACCCUCCCCAGUGCUCAGCUCAUUCAAGAACGAGCCAGGAGGUUAAAAAGAUGCAACCAAACAAACCCUGAUUUAAAGAAUUACAGAACUGGUUGUCAGCGAACUAAGCAGCGUUCAGAGGUAAGUUUGAAAUAUGCCACACCGAUGCUCUCAGCAGUUGCAAAAUAGAAUUAGAAAACUAACAUUUAUUAAAUCAAUUUGAAUUUUAAUACACAAUUCAAAAACGUGGCAGCAUAAAAAGAAACGUUUUUAGAAACAACCUGAAUCUACCAUUUGCACUGUUACAUUAACGAUCAAUGAACGAUCAGGGCUCUCCUGUCAACAGUUCCAACACACACUUGACCUCAACCACCCAAUUUUGGUACCAUAUUUAACGCAGCAGUGAGAUACUGAAGACUCCACGUAAUCCUGCAUUUCUGGAGCACAAGCACUACGCAUGUCAUUUAAUAUUAGUCCUAAUAAACGUACCACCAACAAUCCCAGCAAAACUCAACAGCUCUGCAACACCAUUUAGGAACAGCCCAUGCUGUGCAUGUUGCUGCUCUGAGAUCAGACUCUGGUCUGGCAACGUUUCUUACAUGUAGUGGACUGGGAAACAGAUUUACAUCAGUAGGUCACAAUCAAACCACCAAACCAGGAAACUGCAGGAUCCUCUUGGGUCAACACAAAAAUCAUCACAUACAAGUUUAACUAAAUACAUUUUAAUAGGACAUCGUUAAACCUCAUGAGAGCUAGAAAACACAGACCUUAGGUACCUGGGUUGGCAAAUAAAGACAAGAAUACUAAGAAGCAUUUUCCACCAUUUACUCAUUAUCAAAAAUAUUUUUCAACUCUUCUUGCAAAACAAAAACAAAAAAGUACAGACUGGACACAUACAUCACAUUUUUCUUCCUAUGGCUUUAACCCCCCACCCUGCCCACCCCACAAAAAAGACGGGGGGAGAAACAAACCAAAACCAACAGAAAGAUCUGACCACAUCCACAGAAAAUGACACCAUGGUACACUACAAAACGAAAGGAGGUGCCAUUCGUGUCCAAAGGUUUUUGCUUAUUUCUUAGGUGAGUAACCAUCAUUGUACAUGCUUUGUGCCAAAUCAAAAUAUACCUGACGUUAGGUCAGCAAGCACUGCGGGCUCCAUUGGAUGAAUUGAAGAGAGAUGGAAGCAGUUAACCCGAAAAAUUCACAUAGUAUUUCACAUGCUGCUGAAACAGGAAUUGCCUUUUAAAUUAGAAGGUGAUGUGGUGUGUUCCAGUCAGCCUGUGCUUCAUCUGUGCUCUAUCAUUCCAAGAGGAGAAAUUUCUGCUUUCACAAAGCAACUGCAUUUUUUAGGUUGCCAGUGGAAUCUCAACUGCGAGACCAAACGCUUCUGGCUGUACUUUUAUUUAGGGAUUACAAUUACAUCCGCUUUUGUUUUUGUUUGAUAAUAAAACUGAAUUCCUAC